AUGUCCAUUGCGUCAAAGUUAUUGUCUCGCAGAUCGGUUUGCAGCGUAACACUUAUGCCCAAUGGGGCAGUGACGACGUAUCGACUCCGACCUAUCCUUCUCGGUCAGAUCGCGCGCUUUUCCUGCGAGGCACGGUCCCCAGAUCCCGGGUCACAUGUGCAGGCCAACAGGGCAGCUCGUUUCGAGUUGGCUGUGGCCUACAGGGCUUUAGAGAGGUAUAAGCUGCACGAAGGUGUUUGCAACCAUUUGUCCUUGAUGUGCCCUGCCGCCUCCGGUCGUGGACAAGUUAUGUUAAUUAUCCCACACGGCCAACACUGGAGUCAAGUUACGAGGUCUUCUCUCCUUGGUGUGGAUGAGCAUGGCCAAGUGGUUGAGGGCAAUGGUCAAGCCGAAACAUCAGCUGUUUCCAUCCAUCUUGGACUCCAUUUGUGCAAUCAAGACGCACGCUGCGUCAUGCAUGCCCACACGCCAUACGCGACUUCUUUAGGUCUCCUUAAGGAUCCCAGUCUUCUGAUGUGUCAUCAGAUAAGCACUCGUUUCCACAACCGGGUGGCGUACGACCCGGGCUACCAGGGCAUGGCCUACGAGGUGGAGGAGGGGCGCCGCCUAGCGUCCGUGUUAGGCUCAAAGGAUAUACUGAUGAUGUGCAACCACGGUAUCAUCACCUCCGGCCGCUCCGUCGCUAUGGCCUUUGAUCUUAUGUACUACCUGGAACGCGCCUGUAUGUUUCAGAUGAUCGCCAUGGCAACCGGAAAACAGCUUAACACAAUUCCAGAUGACAUGGUCAAAUACAACUGUGAAGUAUUCAAAGGAGAUGAAGAGGACUAUGCCAACAAGCAUUUCAAUGCCAUGAAGGACAUUAUACUAAACGACAGCCCAGAUGUGAAGAACUGAUGAAUUCUACUAGGUGAUCUGGUCUUCAGUGGUGGUAACCCAAAUGAUCUAAAUCAAGAUACUGUCUCAAAAACAAGAGUUAACUAAAUUACACACUAAAAAAAUAAUCUGUUAAUUAAUUCUGCUGUCUUAGUGUCUGCUAUUUUAACACAAUAUUCUGUCUUAUAUUGUUAUAUUCUGUAAUAUUCAACAUAAUAUCCUGUAAGUCUAAUAGAAUCUUUAUGUUGAAUUAAUAGAAUAUGUGUGUUAUAUUUAACAGAACCAUCUGCUGCAAUAGCAGAAUACAUUCUAGCAUAACUCAGAUUUCUGUUAAAAUUAACAGAUUAAUUUUCUGAGUGUAAUAAUGCACAUCUUUUAUGAAACUUGAUCUGUAAUGUAUACCUUGUUUUUUUUACCAUGGUCUAAAUUUCUUAUCUUCUAUCCAUACAUGCAUAUAUUUUACACAUGUUGUGAUUUCAACAAGCUAAGCCAUAAGUUGAC